GGUCCCGUGGAUCUGUGUCUGGCUUCAACAGUGUUUGAACGGAACAGACCCGGGGACUCCCUGCCUCCAACCUUCCCCCGCGCUCCAGUUUCCUCUCGGAAGUAACUUCGGGACCAUCCGCUUGGGACCAGCCCCUCUUCUUGGGACCAGCGAACACUUUUAUUUGGCGUGUGGUGACCUCCAAACCGACGCAGCAUGAGCUCUCAAAUCCAUCAGAAUUAUUCCGCCGACGCUGAGGCCGGCGUCAACCGUCUGGUCAACCUGCACCUGCGGGCCUCUUACACCUACCUCUCUCUGGGCUGCUUUUUCGACUGCGAAAACGUGGCCUUGGAAGGCGUGGGGCACUUCUUCCGCGAGCUGGCGAAGGAGAAGCGCGAGGGGGCCGAGCAUCUCUGGAAGCUGCAGAACCAGCGCGGCGGCCGCGCCCUCUUCCAGGAUGUGCAGAAGCCAUCCCAAGAUGAGUGGGGUAGAACCCUGGACGCCAUGGAAGCUGCCCUAGCCCUGGAGAAAACACUCAACCAGGCCCUUCUGGACCUGCACGCCGUGGGGUCCGACCCCCAUCUCUGUGACUUUCUGGAGAACCACUUCCUGGACAAAGAGGUGAAACUUCUGAAGAAGGUGGGCGACCACCUGACCAACCUCCGCAGGCUGGCCAGCCCCUAGGCCGGGCUGGGCGAGUAUCUCUUCAAGAGGCUCACCCUCAAACACGACUAGGAACCUGCGGCGCCGAGCCUCCUGAGAGGGGCCCU